AUGGCUGCCAAUAACGAAAGGAAUGCUGAGAGCUCAAGUAAGUCUGAAUGGUGGGGAGACAGACCCCGCGAUACGUCGACCGGGCAUGGAGCAAAUCGAGGAAAAGGGGGUGGACCCUCUGGCGGAUGUGACCGAGGUUCAGCAAAAACUCAUGCUGCUCAGUCAUCAGCAGGGCAUGAGGUGGCUGCUAAUGCAGUCGUAACUAACGGAGACAGACCCCGCGAUACGUCGACCGGGCAUGGAGUAGAUCGAGGAAAAGGGGGUAGACCCUCUGGCGGAUGUGACCGAGGUUCAGCAAAAACUCAUGCUGCUCAGUCAUCAGCAGGGCAUGAGGUGGCUGCUAAUGCAGUCGUAACUGACGGAGACAGGACCAGAAUAAAUAGGCUUAAUGACGAGCAAUGGCAGACUCUUGUAAGCAUGCUUGAUGCUUACAAAACCAGGACUAAUGAAAAACUCUCUAGUAAGACUUACUCCACUGAAUGGAUUGUUGACUAUGGGGUGUCACAUCACAUGACAGGGAAUUUAAAUGUGCUCGUCGACACCUAUGAUGUUGCACCUUGCCCUGACCGCAUCUCGAGGACUCUGAUUGGUGCGGGUGAACAGCUUGAUGGGGUCUAUGUCUUCAAGGGUGUGGCGCCGAUUCGUGCCUGCAAGACAUAUGGAAUUGGAUCAUGCGAUUUGUGGCAUCAAAGAUUGGGACACCCUUCUUAUCAGACGAUGAGCUUACUUUUUAGUAUUGGGGCUUAUAGAGUACCUGCAUCUUGUGGUGCUGCAUACUUUUUGACAAUUGUUGACGAUUAUUCUCGAGCAAUUUGGAUUUAUUUGCUAGCUGAAAAGAGUGAAGUUGGUCGAACACUCAAGAAUUUCUGUGCAAUGGUCGAACGACAAUUUAAUAAGAAAGUUAAGGUGGGAAUUUUGUUUCAAUCUUCCUGUGUUGGAACACCACAACAAAAUGGUCGUGUAGAGAGAAAACAUUGUCAUAUUUUGAAUGUGGCGAGAGCACUGAGGUUUCAAGCACAUCUUCCGAUCAGCUUCUGGGGAGAGUGUGUUUUGACCGCAAGGUACUUGAUUAACCAGACACCUUCGACCCUUCUUGGUGAUAAAACACCUUACGAGAUGUUGUUUGAACAAAGUCCUUCUUAUAAACAUCUCAGAGUUUUUGGUUGCUUGUGUUUUUCGCAUACUCGGGACCGUGACAAAUUUGCCGCUAGGAGUAGGAAAUGUAUCUUUGUUGGGUAUCCUUUUGGGAAAAAGGGAUGGAAAUUAUAUGAUCUUGAGUCUGGUGAUUACUUCGUCUCACGAGACGUGGUGUUUAGUGAGGCUGAGUUUCCCUUUACCACUCCGGAACAUCAACCCUCAGUAACCAGUCCUCCCGUAGCCAAAGAAAAUGUUGGGUUGCCUUGGGCCACUCUUCCUGACAUGGUAUCUAAGUCACCUCAUAUAAAAGUCAGGGGGAGCGACACGGUCAAUGAAAAAGGACAUCAGAACACGGGUAAUGAUGARGAGGCAAGUCCUCUUGAUGAGACAAGGAGUCAUGUAGCUUGUAGAAAUAAUGAAACUCCAGUUGCUUGUCAGCCCACCAUAGAGUUAUUAGGCUGUGGACAUCGAGAAAAGCGGCCCCCCAACUAUUUACAAGACUUUGUCACACACUCUGCUCGUCGUUUAGACCCCUCCGCUGUUUCUCCCGCAUCAUCUCAGUCCUCAGGUACUCCUUAUCCCAUAACUAAUUAUGUGACGUAUGAUAAUUUUUCUGUGAAACACAGACAUUUCUUGGCAACUGUUACUGCAAGCUGA